AUGUCUCCCAAAUCGUCCCCUGAUCGGGACAUCACGGAGCUUUUCAACCGAAACCGCGUCACAAACAUUCCGUCUGACCAGAGAGCACUACUUGAAAGACCAGACUCGUGGGCUGUCGAGCUAGAGAAUACGCCCCACGGCCUUUCGCAUCUUCCAGGACACGUCCUUGAGACAGUGAAAGCAACGUAUAUUGCUAACAAACACACAAUUCAAGAGCGUACUCCGAUCUCGAAAAAGCACAAUCGGAGCCCCAUAUCAUCACCACUCAACAAACGGCAACGUAAUGGCAUAACGAGUACACCUAGAUCCGACCAUGCGAAACCUCCACAAUCAUCCCCUGAGCGUGCUGUAUCCUGGCCUCCUACGCCAGAGCGCGCUCCCUCAAAAGACGCAGGUUGUAUAGCGGUGGCCAUAGUUGACCACAACACCCAGUCAUCCAUUGUCCACGAAACACCAAAACCAGGGCCAGGCUCCCGACACCCACAGCGGCCGAUUUCAAACCCAAUCCUUGAGAAUCCACCUUCUUCUGGGGAAACUGAAGACGACUUAGAAACACGGAUUCCCGAUGCUCAGCCUCUUCACAAUGGCUCCGUCAAUAAAACGGCAGUGCGGUCGAAACCGAUUGCACCGUCUCCGCUUUCCACCAACAGGACCAUGGCUACACCGCCAUGCGCUCAACCGAGCAACACAGCUCCAACGGUGGUGCCGAAUACGGUAUCCGCAAGCAAUAUUCGCGGGAGUGCAAGCCCGAAAACUCGUCGAUUAAGGUUCAAGCCAAUCGAUUUUGACAGUUUGGGUCGGAGGAGGAAAGGUUGUAACGAAAAAGACCGUCUGCCGCCGACUAUAAUGCCCCCAAAAGUCGUGGACGAUUCCAUGCCAACAUCAUCCGAUUCUAUUAUUCCAUUCACGGGUAUACCCUGGACACAAGAGUCCGUCAAAGACAUCAGAGAGUCAAUCGAGAUGAAGGAAGAUGAAACAAUGGACCGUAUAGAGGAAGUUGUUCCCUCAACCAACUUUCAUAGAUCAACUGCGGAUCGUCCGGUUGUCGACGGUAUUGACGAGAGCAAGCCAAGUGAUGAGAGCAAGACCAUACAACAGCCGACCGCUUCGUCACAGAUGAGUUCGUCAAAGACGACAGCAGCAACGAAUUCACAACCGCAAGUGAAUGAUCAAACGAUGACAGAAAGGUCUCCUGCUCCUGCGCCACUUAUAGCGCCAGGCGCUCCUCUGGAACCCUACGAAGCAUUUGUGCAGCAGUAUCCAGACUACCCCGGUGAAAACGGGGGUGACAAGUUGCCCGGGACCAAGGCCAACUUCAUUUUUGCAUGUGUAUACCUCAACUACCUACGUCCAAGGAAGCAGCUUCGAGACUGCCUCUAUGACGAAUUCAUCCGAGCUUACCCGUGCUCUUAUGGGGAGUACGUCAAACGCUCCCGUAUGGAACCUAUGGUUGGCAUCAAGUGGUUCAAUCAGCAAAAAGGGCCCUUGAUAUAUAAUAAAUAUCUUGUGAACAGUGGUAACUUGAGCCAUAUCCUCAGGUCGUACCCGGAGGAGUUCGCACGGGCGAAUGAGCUAGUAUCCAAGAAAAGCGAAGAUGAUGCUGGCGGUGAUGAGUUAAUGAUAUAUACAAGCUCAGAAGACGAAGGUGGAUUCGAUGAGGACGACAGCCAGCGUUCGGUUUCCCCACCAUCUCAACAUUCUUCAGAGAGGGAAAGCGUUGAGUCACCACAGCCAAUUGCAACCAUCGAGGACGAUAUGGAAAUCGACCUCCCUGAGAUUCCGUCUGCGCCUCCUUCAACUUCCAGCAAAGGAAGGCCAUCAUUGGCAUCAACGAAUGAUUUGGAUAUAGUCUCGAAGCCUGUGCCAACAGCGAAGCCCAUCACUCCUGUACAAGCGAACAUCAGACGACGGAGCCCUGUUUCCGAGAGAAGGCCUGUUCAGUCCUCACGAGUUCAAGAGAUCUUGACUCAGCCUCCUCCGCCCACCUCACCCCAAAUGCCACAAACCUCAAUGUUACCACCAUCUACUAUAGGAGGCUCAGCAAUCAAGUCGACGGCACCUCGACCUGCACAGUAUUUCAAAAGAAUGUCCGAGGACCUACGGAAGGCAACACCAAAGAAACGCUCGGCAAAAGAUCUUGAAAAGCUUCGAGAGCAUUUCAGAAAAUCGAAAGGGACAGGGUCGCAAGAUCGUCGAAGCAGCAGUGGCCGGUUUGAAUAG